AAUGUGUUUUUUCCCCAGUUUCAUCCUCUAGACGUUACAUUCUUCUGGGGACCUUUAGCGUUUAGCCUCCAGUGGAGCCUGGGUCUUUUAUGUCCUGCUCUGCUCUUUCAAAUGACUUCUCUCCCUUCAACUACACGUUGUGUGUUAAGCUGCUGUCUCUUCUAGGUACUUCAGGAGACUGACUGUUCAGUCCCCAUCUCUUUUGCACCUGGCUGGGCUUCUCUGUCUCCAUUUAACAUUUAUGUCAAUUCUGCUCAGCAGCAGUAAGCUCCUGCACCUUUUGGCGUUAGAGAAUCGCUAGAAAAGAGGCUGGAAAUGAAGCAAUUUCUGUUGGAAUAUUGAAAUCCAAGAUAAGCCCUUUUGUGAAAAAGAAAAAGUUUGAGAGUUCAAAAUUGACCAGAUUAAUGAGUUCUCUUCCAUUUUCUUUAAAAUGUAAAUACCGUAACAUUGUAUCAAACUUUUCAUAUUACCUGUUCCUUCUGCUUUGUUGGGAAAUGGGUCCCUAAACUGGGGCUGAUUUUAAGCAAAUACCAGGUCACUCUUGCUUCACUGCUUCCCUUUCGUCUGAGCCUUUCAUACUUCAGCAAGCCUCUUCAUCCUCUCCCAAAACUCUGUCUUUACAUGAAAUUAAGAUGUAUAAAGUAAACUGUGAAAGAUCUUAAAAUCCCGUGUUGUUUUAAGAUAGCCACCUCCUCCUUCCCUCCUUUCUCCCGAAAGCCAGGCAGACCAGCUAGCUGUAGUUUCCCAUUAACGUGACCCUGAUGGUCCCCUUGCUGGUUUGUGACUUCAGUACUUCAUCUUGUCUCCGACUUGGUAGGAAAUGUGUGUGUAGGGGGCUGUAUUUCACAAGCUGAGGAGUUUCGAGCGAACUCAGGAGCUUUGGGGGUUUUUCACAGGCAGAUGGGGCAGCUGUCCCUGCUCUUCCCCCUGCGGCUGGGUGGGAUGUGGGAGACACAUCCUUGGUUUGCUUAAUUCAGAGAAGGGGCUUCAAUCUAAGCCUCUCAGUCACAACGUGUGCACCCUGCCUGCUGGAAUAUCAGUUAGUGCCUUUAUUUCUGGAUGUUUAACUCUUGAUCCCACAUGGAACAACUGGAGCGGUUUAGAGACGGGCGGCAGAACAGGGGGGCUGCCAGCGCGCUCACCUGGCUUGCAGGAGGGCAAAGUUCGGGUCCUUCACCCGCACCAAACCAGGUCUUCAACCUCGCUUUUGAACCUCUCUGAUCUUAGACAGACGCAUAUGCCCCGGCCGUUUGGGAGAUUGUCAGCUGCUGGAUGCUGGCGUGUGUCACGUAGGGGCAGUUUGCCCCCAAAUUAGAACAAUCCAGCCCCUAUCCUGCUAGCAUGCAAACGGCUUAGAAACCUUGUUCUGUCCUCGAAGCAGUAUCGUUCAUCGCCAUAUGGGAUAAGGAUUUCCUCCAAUGCAUUUUUCCCUCCCCCAAGUCCUUCUGAAACCAACAAGACUGGGGUUAUGAAGUCAAUCCUAGAUGGCCUCGCAGAUACAACAUUCCGAACAAUCACGACAGAUCUCCUUUACGUGGGCUCCAACGAUAUCCAGUACGAAGACAUGAAAGGCGACAUGGCAUCCAAGCUGGGAUACUACCCCCAGAAGUUCCCUCUCUCUUCCUUCAGGGGUGAUCCUUUCCAAGAAAAAAUGACUGCGGGAGAUGAUCCCCUGUUGAGCAUUAUUCCCUCCGAUCAGGUCAACAUCACAGAGUUUUACAACAAGUCCCUGUCCACGUUUAAGGAUAAUGAGGAGAACAUACAGUGUGGGGAGAACUUCAUGGAUAUGGAGUGCUUUAUGAUCCUGAACCCCAGCCAGCAGCUGGCCAUCGCCGUGCUGUCGCUCACCCUGGGCACCUUCACGGUCCUGGAGAACCUCCUCGUCCUGUGCGUCAUCCUCCACUCCCGAAGCCUCCGGUGUAGACCCUCCUACCAUUUCAUCGGCAGCCUGGCUGUGGCCGACCUCCUGGGCAGCGUGAUUUUUGUCUACAGUUUUGUGGAUUUCCAUGUUUUCCACCGGAAGGACAGCCCCAACGUCUUCUUGUUCAAACUGGGUGGAGUUACAGCCUCCUUCACCGCCUCCGUAGGUAGCCUUUUCCUCACGGCAAUAGACCGGUACAUAUCUAUACACAGGCCACUAGCUUACAAAAGGAUUGUUACCCGACCAAAGGCUGUCGUAGCGUUUUGUGUGAUGUGGACCAUCGCUAUUGUAAUAGCUGUUCUUCCUCUGCUCGGCUGGAACUGCAAAAAGCUCAAUUCCGUUUGUUCGGACAUUUUCCCUCUCAUCGAUGAGACGUACCUGAUGUUCUGGAUCGGGGUCACCAGCGUCCUCUUGCUGUUCAUUGUCUAUGCCUACAUGUACAUACUGUGGAAGGCUCACAGCCACGCUGUUCGCAUGAUUCAGCGGGGCACACAGAAAAGCAUAAUCAUCCAGUCUACGGAGGAUGGUAAGGUACAGAUCACUAGGCCCGAUCAAACUCGAAUGGACAUCAGGUUAGCCAAAACCUUGGUCCUUAUCCUAGUCGUUUUAAUCAUAUGCUGGGGCCCUCUCCUCGCCAUCAUGGUGUACGAUGUCUUUGGGAAAAUGAACAAGCUCAUCAAGACUGUCUUUGCCUUCUGUAGCAUGCUCUGUUUGCUGAAUUCAACAGUGAAUCCCAUCAUCUAUGCUCUGAGGAGCAAGGACUUGCGACACGCCUUCCGCAGCAUGUUCCCCACCUGCGAAGGAACCGCGCAGCCCCUCGAUAACAGCAUGGAGUCUGACUGCCAGCACAAACACGCCAACAACGCGGGGAACGUGCACAGGGCUGCCGAGAGCUGCAUUAAGAGCACAGUUAAGAUUGCCAAAGUUACCAUGUCUGUCUCCACGGACACGACUGCCGAAGCGUUGUAAGGCACAGACUUCUCAGCGUUGCGAGGAAAGGAGUUAGUUUAAAAAAAAAAAGAAAAAAAGAAAAAAAAAAUCAGCAACAGAGAAAACCAAACCCGUGGCUUAACGUGUUUGUACCCUCCUGUAAUAUUUUUUUGGUUUGUCAUUGUAAGCUAAGCAAUGAUUGUGUUAAGAGCAUUACCAUCAGCCAGUUCUUCAGGUUUUACAAUUAGGGAUUCAAGCUAAAUUUUCAGAAGUUUUUUUCUCAAAAAGUGUUUACUGAAUAAUAGUAAGUUUCCUGAAAGAGCACAGAGAAAAUACCAGGUUAGCAAUGGUUCCUUUUGGGGCUGCGAAGAAAAAUUGUGAAACCUAAUUGAAAACUAAUGCAUCCUAAACCAAUACCAUGAAAUAAGAAAAAAAGCCUUGUAAUCAUGCUGUUCAUUUCAAUGUGAAGUGUAUUUCACGUCUGUAAGUAAUAAGAGUUUUUGAUUUUUUCCAAAAGCGGCAGUGCUGAGUUUUAGAGGUUUUGUAAAACGUGUCGUGUCCUGUGAAUUGUAUGCUGUUUUAUUAUGUGUUAUUGAUAUUUGUCUGAUUAAACAAAGUGAUAAGGUAGACUUCCGUGGAAGUAAUGUGAAAUGUGAUAUGUAAACCCCAUUGAAAACACUUACUGUAUUUGAAGAAUUCCUAUGAGCUAUUUUGGAAAUUUUACACUUUUAGUGGUCUUCUGUGGACUUAGAGGAGAGGCUUUGUGUUCUACUAAAAUUAUUUCCCCACUACCUUUAUACUUUCACAUGCAUACGAGAGUAACAGCAACAAAGGAAUAGAGGAGGAAAGUAAGAGAGGAAUGCAUUGGUUCAGACUUUUAAAUACCACUGCGUUUAUACAGAAGGACGUUUAUGGUUGUACAGACUAUCGCCCUGCUCUUGGGCGUUGAGUGAAUACGAACACUGAAAAGCGAAGGUCCCGGAUAUUGGCUCCUUUAACAGGCAACUGGUUUGAAGCCACGUGCUGGUGCUGGACCACUGAAGACAGCAUGUGUCAGACUCAAUGUGCGAUGUUAUCACUGUGCAGUCGAUGUAUACUUGAAGUGUGUCGCAUUCCUGUAUCCCAGGUUUAAGCAGAUUCAGAGCCUGAGAUGCCAAACUCCCGUCUUCACUAAAAGAGGAGGAAAUAUUGUCAGACUUAGACAUUUUCUUAUUGUGUGAGCGUGUAUAUAAAUAAAUAUCUAUGUGUGUGUAUGUGUGUGUGCGUGUGUGCGUGUGUGUGUAAGUAUACUAAUCAGUGUGAGUCAUGGUAGCAUAACUAAGAUAGGACACUAUGACCAAAUGUAAACUGUAUUUCUUGUUGCACGCUUUGCACACGAAUUCUGUUUCUAAAAUUGAGUUCUUCCAACUGAUUACUGAUGAAAGUACCGUAUUAAGAACAUCCGCAUCCACUCUGAGAGGUGUAUCCACGUGCUAGAGAGAGCGACCUUUCAGUUGUACUUGAGCAUAAGGGGAACAAGAGGCAGAGCGUGGCGUGAGCCUGCACUGACAACUGCAGUGGCUGUCAGUGGUGUUCCUGAAAACAGAGAAAGCCAGAAAUAAAUUAUAAUCUGUUUUAAGGCCAUCAGUAUUCAAAUCUGAUUGCUUGAAAUGAGGUUGAGUCUCACUGUGAAACCAGAAUACAGAUGACAAGGUUUGACACUGUCAGCUUUGAGGAAGGAGCUAUUGAAGGAAAACGGUGACUGUUCCGUGGUGGGAUUGUUUCUGCAGCCUGGGACUUUCACGAGGAGCAUGUCACUGGAUAGUCUUUGAGGCAUGGAUAUUCUGUAAUUCUGUUCUGCAUCAGAAGGUCUGGGGUCCUCUCCUCUGCUGCCUUGCUUUUUUGGGCCGUUUCCUCACCCUUCUUCUGGCCGAUUUCUGCCGAAACAGCUGCGAAGGCGGCUUAGCCUGUUAGCUAAGCUUGCCGAUGCUUGCCGCGAGAGGGGUGACCCCCUCCGUGGCACCGGGCGAGCGGAGCCGGAUCCGUGCUGCCCUGCCGCCCGUCCUCGGGGGGGUACGCAGGGAGGCGGGGGGCAGCAGCCCCGGGUCUCGGGCCGCCGCGGUGUCCCCGUGGCGUUUCUGAUGAUGCCUCAGCCCGGCCCGUUGCGGCCAGCGGCUCCGCGGGGCCGCAAGCGGCUCCAAGGUCGGGCCCGGCGAGGGGUGGCACGUCUGAAAGAUCUGGUGGGGCGAGGUGCUGAGCAGGGGCUGGAGGACGCAGGGGUACUUUCCUGCUCGCCCCCCCUCCCCUGCAGCUUACCUGGGAGGUAGGACGGGGCACCACGCUCUCGAGGGGGCCGCGGCAGUCGGCCGAAACCGGCGGGUUGCAGAGGAUUCCCGGGGGACGUGCGAGUUCUCCUUCUGAAAGAUCUUUCUCCUGUCGAGGUCUAGUCCGUCCUAAAGCAGUCCUCUUGGAGGAGGCAGGGAAAGCCCGUGUGAAGUGUAAAGGUGUUUUAAGAGCCAUUUUUGAAACUGUCUUCUUGUGAAUUAAAUGCAAACUUCGUGGACUUUCGUUGUGCAUUCAAGUUCUAAAUUUUACAUGAUAAAUCAUGGGACAAUGGGGCUGUCUUGGCACUUAACUUGGUGCUUACUGAUAUAAUAAGAAAUAGCAUCCUGUGAAAUGUUACUGUCUGUCAUCAGUAUCUUCAUUUGCAUAAUGAGUUUUUCUAAAGCUCUGGGAACUCUGUCGGUUCACUUGGAACCAUUUAUUAAAGAGGUGGCAACAAUUUCCCUACACGUUGCACACUAAGUAGAACUACUCUUUCAUUAGAAAAAUCUGCCGUUCCAAGAUAAGCUGUACUUACACUUCAGCUUUAGGUAUUCCCAGUUUGCAGUUGCCUACCUUCACUUAGUGAUAGCACAGCCAAACGAUAACUUGUGUUCCACGGCCACCCACACCGUCGUCAUCGACCAACCAACAAUAGUUGCAGUUACAUAUACGUACCAACUCCAAGUGUUGCGUAUCUACCGAGAAGACCAUCUAUGUCAUAUGUGUGCAGAGUUAGAUUCUCAACAGUCUAAUUGUAUAUUUGUAUAAUAUAAUCUCCUCGAUGCUGUGCAAUCACUAUCCACUUGCACUGGCCUUUCGAUAAAAAUUUUAGUGUGUCUAUUGUGAGAUAGACAGCGCAUUUUACCUGCUGUUAUUGGGCUGAAUGUAUGUAAAUAAGUGAAAAAUAAAAAAAAGUCAUCUGUACAAGCAGUGGCCUAAAAAGUCUGUAAUUGUAGACUAGGACAAUUGUUGAAGUUGCUGUGACAUCUCAGAUGCUACCUUUGAAUAAACUGUUUACAGGGUCUCUUGGGAUGCUGUUUUAUAGUGAAGGGAAAAUCUUUCCUUGUGAUAAUAUGAGGUAAAGAAAUUGGAUUACCUGAGCUUUUUAUUUCCAGUGUUUCAAAGUGGAGAACAUAACUCUUUAUUGUCUGUAAAUCUAACAUUAUUACUUCCUCUUAGAAGAAUAUUGUAUCAUUAGAUGUUUGUUUGAGCUGGUAACAUCCUUGCAACUGCUGCAAUAUUUUUCAUUAGCAACCUGUAUAAUAGUUUGUACACAAGUACAGUUCAGAUUGUCAUGAAAAGUAGCUUUGACCAUUUACCUACCAGUAGCAGAAUAGUAUUUCUGUAAGAUUUCCAGUGUAUUCCUACCAUAUCAUAUUUUAUUUCUAUAAUGUAAUUAAACUGUUAUUUAUUCAAGGAGAAAAAGUAUUCCUCUACUUUUUUGUUUUCCAAAUUUUGAGAUAACUGAGGAAGCCACGUGAUGAUGCUGCCUCAUCCCACAAUCUGGUGCUCUACGUUUUGUUUAUAAGUUUGUCUGUCAGAUUCUGAAACAACUGCUUAAACAACUUGACAACAGGUUGUCAAGCUUUGUGGGUUUUAAUUGUACGUUGAUAUGUUUGAAGGAGGAGGUAGAUGAUAUAUUUUAUAUUUGUGUAUUCAGUACUAUGGAGACAAGAGAGAAAUGACAUAGUUAAAACUGAAUCGCCUGUUUCGUUAUGUAGGCAAUUUCCCCUUUCCUCUGUAUUAGCCAAAAUGCAAUAAAUCGAUUUUGCCUUCCUCAGA